AUGCGGACGCGCGGCGCGUCCGGGACGCCGGCGCGGGCGCGACGCGCGCGCGACGGCGCGUUUUUGACGAGCGACGCGGCGAGGCGGUUGGACGAGGACUUGACGGCGGGACGCGCGUGCGAGGCGCGGUCGUUGGAGGCGCUGAUGCGCGCGGCGGGACGCGCGGCGGCGACGGCGACGUUGGACGCGUUCGGGGGGACGGAUUUCGUGGUGCUGUGCGGACCGGGGAACAACGGAGGGGACGGUUUGGCGCUGGCGCGAGAGGUCGCGACGCGGCGAAGAGACGCGCGGGUGUCGGUGUGGUACCCGAAGGGGGCGGGGACGAACGAAUUGUACGGCGAGUUGGUGAGAGAGUGUCGAGAGACGGCGAACGUGGAGUUCGUGGACGAGGACGCGGUGUUGGGGAUGAUGCGGGAGCGCGCGACGUCGGCGGCGGCGACGCCGCGAUGUUUCGUCGACGCUCUGUUUGGUUUUUCAUUCAAAGGCGCCGUGCGAGCGCCGUUCGUGAAUGUUUUGAACGCGUUGGUCGCGCUCACGAACGGGGACGCGCGCGAGACGUUCACGGUGAGCUUGGACAUUCCGAGCGGUUGGGACGUCGACGCGGGCGCGCCAGACGACGGCGACAUCUUCGUCCCCGACUUGCUCGUCUCGCUCACGGCGCCGAAGCAGUGCUGCGCGACGUUGGACGAUCCCGCGCGCGGCGAACCGCGACCUCGCGUGAAGCGCAUGGCGCAAACGCACGUCGUCGCGGGGACGUUUCUCACAGACGCGUUGUGCGAAAAAUACGGCUUGGAGCAGAUUCCGCUUCGCGUCGAUUCCGAUCGCGAAUACGUUCCGCUCGAUCUCUGGCGACGAUGA